UAUUUGUAUCAUUUAUCCUUAAGUCUUUAAUUUUUUUUUGAGAAAAUAGAUGUCACAUAACUAGACUGUACAAUUUUUUCCGCUUAAUUGCAUCAGAAAUUGAAGUGCAAAUUUCCAAUACUAUAAUUGUUUAGGAAAUAAUCUUCAAUACAUUAAUCUGAGCGCAUGGAUCGUGUCAGACUGGUGGUCUUGGUAUCUCCUUUGUUGAUUGAAAACAUUUUUGCAGAGAUAGCACCUGUAGAUCCUAAGUGCUUCGAUCCUCAUAGUCAUAAAGUGCGAUGCUGUACUGCCCACAGAACCUUUCGAGGGAAAUGUUACCCUUGUGUAGGAGCUUUUGGAAAGGAAUGUAACAAACCUUGCAAACCAGGGUACUAUGGUCUGAAAUGUCAAGAAAAAUGUCAUUGCGAGAGAUGUAAUGCAACUACUGGAGAAUGCUUUUACAAAGCAAAAGCAUCAGUAUGUGUCGGGAACACUGGGUACAACUGUACGAUACCCUGUCCUAAAGGAUAUUAUGGCAGAGGAUGUAAGGAAGAAUGUAUUUGUGAGAACUGUGAUAGCAUAACCGGCGUCUGUCCUCAACAGAAAACAUCAAGGAUUUCCUUUGUCUCCAUCGCUAUUUUUCUAGCGGCUGGAAUUUUAUUUGUUGCUGCAUUAGUGGUUUGUCUAUUUGUGAUGAGAUCUUCAAGGAAAAUAUCGUCGAAUUCAGAUAAUAAUUAUAUGCCUGAAAGUUCCACCCCUGGCGAUUAG